GAGCUCUCUCUUCCAACCCCACACAAAGCGGCGCCUCCGCACCCGUGUGUAAAGAAAAAAAAAUCGGAGGCGAAAACCUCUCAAACCCUAAUCCCCUCGUCCCCCCCAUGGCGGAGUCGGACGCGGCGGCGCCGCCGCCGGAGGUAGUCGCCCCCGUGGAGGAGCAGACGGCCCCCGCGGUCGGCGCAUCCACGCUGGAAGAGGCCGAGCCCGCCGCGGCCGCGGCCCCGGCCGCCGAGGGCGAGGGCGAGCACAAGAGGAAGCUCGAGGAGGUCGACGCCGCCCCCGACGCGAACGGCGGCGGCGAGGACGCCAAGCGGCCCCGCGUGGAAGGCGACGGCGAAGGUGUCGUGCAGAGCAACGAGUCCUCCGCGAAGGUCGAUGAGCCGGUAGCUACAGAGAACAGUGACGCUGCCCCUGCUGAGGCAUCUGUUGAUGCUGUGAAUGGCAAGGUUCCUCCUACCGAGGAUUCGCAGAUGGGCUCUGGGGAGAAGCCUGCAGCAGAAGCAGCAGUGACUGAAGCCCCGCCGCAAGAAGGUGGUGGCGCACCAGGACAGGAGACGUCUCGGAUAAUCAACGUGCCCAAUAACAAGGUCGGAGUCCUAAUAGGAAAAUCUGGGGAAACAAUCAGAAACUUGCAAAUGAACUCGGGCGCGAAGAUCCAAAUCACAAAGGAUGCUGAGGCAGAUGCAAAUGCCCCAACUCGUUCUGUUGAACUAGUUGGAACCCUUGAGAGUAUUGACAAGGCCGAGCGGCUGAUUAAGAAUGUUAUAGCUGAGGCUGAUGCUGGUGGUUCGCCUGCUCUGAUCGCUAGAGGUUUUGGGUCUGGACAGUCAGGCUCUGAGCAGUUUGAGAUGCUAGUCCCUGAUAAUAAGGUCGGUUUAAUUAUCGGAAAAGGCGGCGAGACCAUUAAAACCCUCCAAACUAGGUCUGGUGCUCGUAUUCAGUUGAUUCCCCAACAUCCUCCGGAAGGUGUUACAUUGACAGAAAGAACUGUACGUAUUACUGGGAAUAAGAAGCAGAUAGAAGCGGCAAAAGAUAUGAUUAAGCAAGCUAUGAGUCAGACAUUUUCAAGACAUGGGGCUCAAUCUGGUGGAUAUGGUCAGCAAAACUACCGCCCUCAGGGUCAUGGUGCAGCUUCUCAGUGGGGCCCACGUUCUCAACCCCAGCCUGGAUAUGGAUAUCCACCAAGAGGGCCUCCACCUCAGAACAUGCCAUACUCCCAACCUUAUGGUGGCUACCCGCAGCAGCCACCACCAAGAGGUGGCAUGGGCUGGGAUCAGAGGCAGGGCCCUCCACCCCAUGCUUCCCACCAUGGUGGCGGUUACGACUACUAUAAACAGGGUUCUCAACCAUAUGAAGGCCAGCCACCAAAUUACCCUCCUGGGCCUGGAAACUACAAUAGUUAUGGGCCAUCACAGGGCCCAAAUUAUGGACAACCUCAGUAUCCGCAGUCUGCACCUCCACAGAACUAUGGGCCGGGUUAUGGUGAUCCUAGAUACAAUGCUCCAGCACCAAACCAGCAGUACUAUGGACAGCCUCCAGCGGGUCCACAGCAAGGCUACCCUCCACAGCAAGAUCCCUACGCUAGGCCUUAUGGUGGACCUGGACAAUGGGCACCCAGAGGUGCACCAGCCGGAGAUGGCACUUACCAGGCGCCACCACCUACAUCUUAUGGCCCACCAUCUCAGCAGCCUCCUGCUUAUGGUCAGACAUAUGGGCCAACGACUGGACCUGAUGGGUAUUCUCAGCAGAGUUACCCACAGCAAGGUGCACAAGCGCCAGCAACAUAUGGUCAGAGUGCACCAGCAGGGCCAGGGUAUGCUCAACAAGGCGCACAGCAAGGUGGCUAUGCACAGUAUCCUCAAUCCCAACCAGCAUAUGGUGAUCAAGCAGCUCAAAACAAUGCAAACUACGGCUACCAGGGUGCUCCAGCAGAUCCCAACUAUGGAAAUGCCUACCCACAGGCAGGAUACGGUUCUACUCCGGCUAGUGGCCAGGCUGGAUAUGCUGCUGCACCGGCUGCUGGCCAGCCAGGGUACGGUCAGCCAGGAUACACUCAGCCACCUACAAAUCCACCAGCUUAUGAUCAGUCUGCCCAGCCACCAGCUCAGAGUGGCUAUGCUGCACCUCCUGCAAACCCACAGCCUGCUGUUGCAAAGGGGGUGUCACCGCAGCCUGCUGGAUAUGGUGGACAAUGGACCGCUUGAGGUUUGUACCUCAUUAUUGACAGCAAUGAUCUAGUUGAAGACUAUGUUUUGCCUCAUGAUGCUGCCGCUUAUAUGAAGUAGGCGGUUGAAUCCCCUUGGGAUGUUCAUUCAGUAAGCGGUAGACUUUUGAUAUGCCUAUAAGGGAUGUAACCCCUUGCCUCUCCAGUUGUUAUACCGGAUCUCUGUAGUAGUUAGUAGUUUGUUAAGAUGACAUAAAACCUCCUGUUUAGUUUAAAAGUGAACCGAAUUAUGUGUUAUUCUGCAGCAUGUCGACUGAUGUUUGGAUGCUUAGUCCUAUCCCUUUGCUUCAA